AAAUGGCUGGGGUAGAUUUCGGGGACAGUGAGCUCUUUCAGCAGCUUGAUGACUCUGCACCGCCGCUCCCAACCCACAUUCGUUUCACGGAUGAUGAAGGAGACCAGGAGGAGACGAGCCAGCUGCGGAGCAGGCUGGAGGAGUGUGAUGACUACAUUCAGAAACUCACUGAGGAGAAUAAAGUAUUGCAAAGGAAGCUAAACAUCCUGACACGACCAAGCGGCAUCACAGUUGAAGAUGUCAACAUCGACGGGCCCCUUCUUCAGAUACUUUACUCCAACAACACUAUCUCAAAGAAGUGUCGUCAAGAAAUUGAAGACUGCAUUUGCAGUGUGAUUUUGAAGCAUCACAAACCAGGCAAUGAAAAAAAGAAAUCGUCGUCCUUUCAUAUAAAACCUCAGAGUUCGGCUUUUGCUAUGGAUGAAGAUCUGCAGAAGUUGUCUUCAAGUAGUGUGAGAACAACAACAGAAGCCUUUAAAGUGGUCGGGAGUGUCUUGUAUUUCACUACUUUCAGUGUCGAUAAACUUGGGCAGCCUCUGGUGAAUGAAAACCCUCAGCUGACAGAUGGAUGGGAUGUUCCAACCUAUCACCAGGUUUUUAACCAAGUGAUUGGAACUGAUGGACAGGAAAUAGAAAUGAAGGACAAAAGACCGAAGUCCAUGUGUUUCAACUGUGGUUCAAGUGCUCAUCAGAUGAGAGACUGUCCCAAGCCUAAAGACAUGGCUGCAAUUAAUGAGAGAAGAAAGGAGUUUAAUCAGAACAGCAACCAGGCCAUGCAGAGUAACCAGCGAUACCAUGCUGAUGAAGUGGAGGAGCGCUUUGCUAAAUACAAGCCUGGAGUCAUGAGUGAGGAGCUCUUGUCGGCGCUGGGAAUUGAUGGCAACACCCUGCCUCCUCUGAUUUAUCGCAUGAGGCAGCUAGGCUACCCGCCAGGUUGGCUCAAAGAGGCAGAAAUGGAAAACUCUGGCUUAUCGCUGUAUGAUGGAAAUGUAUCUAAUGAUGGCAGUGUUCCAGACAGCAGCACUUCGCAAAACAUUUCCUAUGAUGUUUCCAAACUGGUGGAUUUCCCAGGCUUCAAUGUAUCUGCAUCGCACAAAAUGAAAGAUGAGUUCAUGCAGUAUGGGUCGAUUCCGAUGCAGAGCAGCCACAUGAAGCAGAACUAUGCAGCCUACCUGUCCAACAACUUUCCUAUGCCUGGUGCCACCUGCAACAAGAGACGACAUGACGCUGACUCGUCUCCACAGCAAAGGAAGAAGACUAGGUCCAGUCCUGAUCGACACUCAGACAGGAGCUCAGAUAUGGACAUUGAGUCAGAUCCAGGAACACCUUAUCAUCAUCAGGCCGCUGGUGACUUCAAGUUCCAACCACCGCUGCCCCCUGGCUCUCCUUGCUUCAGUUCACCUCCUCCUUUACCUCAGGGCACUCCUCCUGCUACACCCACUCCCCCACCUCUCCCUAAAGGUACUCCUCCGCCCACACCCACUAAUGGCUCUCCAGCUCUGCGAGGGCGUAACUGGGCAGGAGUUGAUGAGACUGCAGAGGGAGCAGAGGAUGACCUGACACUGGAGGAACUGGAAGAACAGCAGAGGCUGAUCUGGGCAGCUUUAGAGAAUGCAGACACUGCCACUAAUAGUGACUGUGACACACCUGCAGUGGGAACACCUGCACAUGUCGACACAGAGCCGGAGGAGGCGGAAGAAGCAAUGGACACAAUGAAAUCUGCAGAACCUUGCCAGAGCAAUGAAACUCAAAAGGAACCGAGUGUUCAAGAGACUUUCUCAGAAAGCCCUGGACCUAUUAAAGUUGAGGAUGACAGCCCUCAGAGCCCUGAACCAGUCAAAGCCACAGAUGACAACCCUCAGAGUCCCCCCCCAGUGAAAUCCCAUGAUGACAGCCCACAGAGCCCUGAUCCAGUCAGAUGCCUAGAAGACAACCCACAGAGCCCUAAUGCAGAUUUUCCCAAUCCGGAGGCUGGAGAUGCCUCUCCUAAGAAUGUCGAGAAGAUAACAGCAGUUCCUGAUCGGAGCAAGUUCGCAGCUGGCAUCGUUCCAUUUGAAGAUACGCCAGAAUUCACUGAAGUUGCUGAAGCAACAGGAACCUACCUUAGGAUCAGAGACUUGCUGAAAAGCUCCCCUCGAAGUUUGGCAAAGAAGAAAUAGAACUGUAGCAUCUUGAUUACAGCACAAAAACACAAUGAUAUGUGGAUAUUUUUUUACGCAAAACCUUCUGUUUUCAUCCUCAUCAGACAUGAUCUUUAAGCUGUUUUUUGUACCAAGUUGAAUGUUUAUGCUUUGUGUACAUUUGACCUGUAAAAAUAGUGAGGGAUGGCCUUUUAGGGAUGUUCUCACUGGUUUUGACCAGUUAGACUCGGAUUUUUGCAGCAGUAGUGUAACUCUGGCUGUUUAUUUUAUUGUAAAAUUUGUAAAAUGUUGAUUUUCUGACCUGUAUUACUUUUCAUAUUUUGAUGGUGAAAUUGCUUUUUUUUUAUUUUUUAUUUUUCUUCCACUUGAAUCGCUCUAAAGCCAUGAAGUAAACAUGCUUGUAAUUGCUUCUGUGUAUUAUUUUUUCUGGCAGCCAUAACUUAAUGGGCAUUUUAUUACAUUUUACUGUGUGUUGACAGCACAGAUUGCCAAAUAUGUGAACUGACAGCACAUUGCUGAUUGUUACCCAUUUUAGCAGAAAACUCAGUGAGCAAGUUGACCCUCAAAUGCUAUAAAUAAAAUCAUCUCAUUUUGGGUACCGGCUUUUUGAA